AAGAUCAAAAUGGCUGAAACUCGUGCACGUUUUCUAAAGUGGGAGAAAUGUAUGGUACUUGUGCUUGUGAUCUGUAUUAAAUGUGACAACGCAAGCUCACAAACGAAUGAAAUAAAUGUCGAUUACUUUGAUUUCGAGCACAUUAAAAAUGAGUUUUUUACUCAAAGUGAUUUUAACGAAUCAAACUUUGAACGCGGUUUUGAUGCCGAAAAAGCUAUAAAACAUCUAAAGUGUCUGAAACAAUUGGCAGAAAUUCAAGGCGGACUAUUGAAAAACGAUCCAUGGGCUAUGAAAAUUUUGGACUCAUGGGGAAAAAUUCCAAGCGGUAUCUUUAAUGGAAAUUUAUUCGAAUUCGGUGAAUUUUCUGAAUGUUUGAAUAUCGAGAGAAAUGGCAAGCAAUUUAAAACGCAAUACUGCUUGGGACAGCUAUUUUUCGAUGCACCAAGUAAAACAAGUAAAAUGUCAUCAUUUAAUUCACAUGAUAAAAUGAGAAACUUUUAUAUACCCGGAGUUGGGCUGAUGGAAGAAAAGCGAAAAAUUGAACAACGCAUGAUGUUAAGGCCUGAUCCGAAAAAAUUGUCAUUAUCGUUUGGUUUGUGCGUCCCGGACAUGUGUUCUCUUCAUUUACUUGAGCCAAUUAUCAACGAUAAGAUUUUAAAAAAUGGAAGUAAAGUGUCUGUAAAGUUUUCUCAAGCUACGUGCCAAUUUGAAGAAUCACCAUCUAAUUUGACGAUUAUUGAUAAUUACACAAUAGUUUUAUUGGCACUGAUUUUGUUUCUGGUAGUGGCGAGCACCUGUUACGAUGUUAUAUGCACAAUUACUAGUAAUCGCCCAAAGUCCCAAGCACUUUUGACAUUUUCAUUUUAUUCAAAUGGCCUGAAAUUGCUUUCUUAUAAAAAGACCAAGUCACCAGACAUGAUGCACUGUUUACAUGGAAUACGAGUAAUAUCAACGCAAUGGGUCGUACUUGGACACACGUUCAUAAUGUAUGUACUGCUACCGAUUCGAAAUAAGCUUGCGAUCGCUACGUUUAUUCAACAAUACCACAAUAUGGUUAUUUUAUCUGCUGUGAUUGCGGUUGAUACAUUUUUCUUCAUGAGUGGAUUAUUGGUUUCAAUCAAUAUGCUAAAACAUCUUGAGAAAACAAAAGGAAAAAUAAAUAUUCCACUUUUAUAUUUCCAUCGCUAUUUGCGGCUGACACCACUCUUGGGUGUUUCAUUCCUAUUUACUAUGUCUUUGCUGAAGUUUUUUGGAAGUGGCCCUCUUUGGCCUAUGUUGAUUGAUAUUAGUAGUUCCCAAUGUUCCAUUUAUUGGUGGUCAACGUUAUUGUAUGUUCAAAACUACGUUAAUCCAAACAAAAUUUGUUUUGCUCACUCGUGGUAUUUAUCAGUAGAUAUGCAGCUCUUUGUGAUUUCGCCGGCAAUCGUAUACUUGAUCUACAAAUUAAAAAUCAAAGCAAUGCCGAUCUUAUCACUUCUAGUCUUAGGUUGUAUUGGAUGUACAAUUGAGGUUCAUCGGAGAUUAAAUUUGAAAAGUGGCCUCACCAUCCAGGACAAGUUGUAUUUCCCUACGCACAUUCGAUUUUCACCGUGGUUGAUCGGAGUUAUGUUCGGAUACAUGUUGCUUGAAACCAGGAAAAGACCAAUACGUAUUCCACAAUUAUUCAAUCUCUUCGCAUGGAUCGUGUCUCUUGCUUUAAUGGCGGCUGUAAUUUUUGUAAAUUAUCCAUUGCAACAAUUAGACUCAGAAGCGACCCCACUAGAAUAUGGGCUGUAUGAUGCAUUGAGUCGUGUUGUAUGGUCGAUUGCAUUGUGUUACGUUGUAUUUGCAUGUGUGAAUAAUUGCGGUGGUCCCAUCAACUGGUUUUUGGGGCAUCCUUUAUGGCAACCGCUUUCAAGACUGUGCUAUUCAAUCUAUAUAGUGCAUUUCCCGGUGAUUAUGGUUAUGAUGGCCUCAAUCAAAACUUCACCUUAUUUUUCGGAACUAACUGCGUUUCAUGCCUUCAUUGGAAAUUUCGUGAUUUCAGUCUUUGUGGCGAUAAUUGCUACGCUCACCUUUGAAUCACCCAUCGUAAUUAUCGAGAAAUUGAUUUUUGGCCCAGCGAAGCCGCCUCAGGAUAAUAGGAAUAACACUAAUCUUGAACCAAGUGCGCCACAAAAUAAUCUUGAAGAACGAAAAUAAAUCCAUUCAUUCUUCAUAAAUACGUGUAUGUUACAUAUAUGAAUAGAUGUGUCUAAAAAUUGUGUUAAAUAAAAAUAUCAAGUUUCGUUUCAAAAGUAAUUCAUUGAUGAAAUGUGUCCGUAAGAAUAAAUAUGGCAAUACAAAAACGGAAUCUGAAGAACGUUACAUAAUUUUUUUUUGUAUGGAGUGGUACUAUGUAAAAAAAAUAUUAUGUAACGUUCUUCAGAUUUCGUUUUUGUAAUGCCAUAUUUAUUCUUACGGACACAAAUGUGGUGUUGCAUUUUGGAACGUGGCUAUUUCGAUAGCUGCAUUGUGCACUUUAAUUGCUGCGCAUUUUGUGAUUGAUAGUAGAAAGUAUUUGUAAAUAUUUGAUCAGACUGAGUGGUUGGAUAAUUAUUCCUGUGAAUAACGCUUUAAGUGAGAAAUCUCAAGCAUUCUUGGCAUUUUGAUUUUAUUUGAAUGGAUUUUUUUUAUAAGGAGACAAAGUUAUUGAUUCACAACAUAUUAUUAAAAACUGAUAAAGAAGUUGUACAAAAUUAAACAAAUUUGUAAUGAGAUAGAGGACCUUUGAAAUUCCACAAAACUACAACGCAAUUCCCAGGCUCAUAAUUGGAAACAAUUACUGUAAUAUAAACCUAUCUAAAAUAAACUAUAUUGGAUUACUAAUCACUUCAAAA